UAGAGGAUUAGCGUGGUGGAUUGAAUUCUUUUUGGUGCAAGUUGUCCUUUAAUUAUCUAAAUAAUCAACAUCUGAAUCUUAUUAUCUUCUUGUAUAACAACGUUGAACCACAAUAAUUAACACCAACCCGCCAUACUCUCCCGACAUUCUUUGAAUUGAUUUGCGAUAAAAGAAAGCCAGAAAAACCGAUGCCGUGCUAGCGUCACCUAGCUCAGACCGGACGUCAAGGGGAGCCUGCCGCGCCUUACGAGAAGUCUUGAGCCUGGGCUCACCUGUAUACAGCUUAACCAGAUACUAGACAGACCAAGUUAAUCACUUCCACCAUGGACAAUUAUAACGGCUAUAACGAGAAAAGCCACUACAAUGACGACCCCGAGCCUAAUAGCUUUGUCCGCGCCUUCGAUGCUUUCCCAAAAUCGAAACCCCAAUAUGUUACGCGUACAUCGGGCGGCGGAAAGUGGACUGUCGUCAUGGCUGUAGUCUCUUGCAUACUGGUAUGGACGGAACUAGCGCGGUGGUGGCGCGGCUCGGAGACACACACAUUCGCAGUAGAGAAACAUGUAGGGCGCAGCAUGCAGAUCAACCUCGACAUCGUCGUCAAGAUGAAGUGCAAGGAUCUACACGUAAACGUACAGGACGCUGCCGGGGAUCGCAUCCUAGCCGCCUCACGUCUCAAGGAGGACCCCACGACCUGGGCACAGUGGGUCGACGCAAAGGGUGUCCAUAGGCUUGGUCGCGAUAGCCAAGGCCGUGCUAUCACAGGCGCGGGGUGGCAUGACGAGGAGGGGUUUGGCGAGGAACACGUUCACGACAUCGUAGCUAUGGGACAUAAGAAGGCCCGCUGGGGAAAGACGCCUAGGCUCUGGGGCUCAGAACCAGAUAGUUGCCGCAUUUAUGGGAGUCUCGAUCUGAAUAAGGUCCAGGGUGACUUCCAUAUCACCGCACGAGGCCACGGCUAUGCUGAGGCUGGACACCACUUGGAUCAUGGCGCUUUCAACUUCUCGCACGUCAUCUCAGAGCUCUCGUUUGGGCAAUACUACCCGUCUCUCGUGAACCCUCUCGAUCGCACCAUUAACCUGGCCGAAGCGCACUUCUACAAGUUCCAGUACUUCAUGUCGGUCGUGCCCACCGUCUACAGCGUGCACCAGGGUUCCGGGCCGGCCCCCGCAAGCCGCACCGUCUUCACCAACCAGUACGCCGUCACGGAGCAGAGCAAGGAGAUCAACGAGCGCAUGGUCCCCGGCCUGUUCUUCAAGUACGACAUCGAGCCCAUCAUGCUGCAGGUCGAGGAGCGCCGCGACGGCAUCCUGACCUUCGCCAUCAAGGUCAUCAAUAUACUCAGUGGUGUCGUGGUCGCGUGUCACUGGGGCUUCACGCUCAGCGAGUGGGUGCGAGAGGUCAUUGGAAAGAGGCGGAGGACGCAAAGUGAGGGUGUUAUCGGUGCGAAGAGCGAUUAUGACGAGUAGAUGUGUUUUUAUUCCGAGAGCGGGGACCUGGGAAUUUUGUAUCAUUAGGUAGAGGUACCCAAGGGAAGAGAGACAGUGGGACAAAGAGAAGGAAGAAGGAAGAAGAAAAGGAGGAACAAAGAAGGCCGAAUUGGAUCUGCGCCAAUUUUGCACCUGCUUGCUUGCUUCCUUGCUUCCUUGCUUACCUCGGUAGGUGUCUCGGUAGGUGUCUACCAAGUACCUAGAUAUCUAGGUUAGGUGGGCAUUUUCUUUCGAAAAAGAAUCUCACGGAGUUUUAAGGGGCGGGAGGGAUAGUAGGUACCUAGUAGGUUAGGUAGAGAGGGUGAUUCGGUAUAGGUAUAGCAGCACGAACUCGAAAAUACCUAUCCAUCAAUGAACGAACAAAAACACGAUAAACUUGUAAUGAGCGUUGAAUUGGGGUAUAUUCAACUCUCUCUAUCACUUCCCCUUUCCGUUGCCUUACUUCCAUCGGUCUACCUACCUUUCCCCACGGGGGCUACGAAGAGACUUGGGACGUUUUGCUUUGUUUGGGUAGGUGAUAUAUAUAUUUAAAGGGUACAUAUACUAAGGUA